CAAAAUCAUUUCUAUUCGAUUAGCCUCUGGGUUCCUGCUUCGCACUGGUCGUUUUGAACUUCCCUCAGUCCCACUGUGCGUCUGUCUGCAUGGACAACAUGAACUCGUUUGUGGAGUACUCCAUUUGUAACAGACCGGGCCCUGGCGCGUAUUCUGCGCCCAAAUCUGGACACCACCAUCAUCUGCAUCACCCUCUCCAUCCGCUGGAGCACCAGCAUCAGAGCUUCCCGAUGACCUCGGGCGCCUUCCACGCGGGCCCCACCGGCUCUCCGUCUCCAGUUAACGGAACGAGAAGUGACAACACGAGUUACACGGCGGACGCACGGCUGUACGGGGGCACCGGCGCGGGCGCCUGUGGUGGAGGGGUGCAUGGGGCCACAGGGGCGACCCAGCCUCAACAUCAUCCGCAGCAUCACCAUGAGCAACAGCAGCAUCAGCAGACGCACAGCGGCUACCAUCACCAUCCUCACCUCCAUCAAGGCCAAAGCCUACAAAGCGGAAUAUUGCAUCACUAUAAUAAUGGGAAUAACGGCAACAGCGGGGCCUAUGCCGGCCAGGCAUGUGCUGCAAACUCUGAGUAUGUUGCCGCGACGGGACCUCCCAACACCGUUCACCCUCAGUAUUUCAUGGAGGAGUCUGUGGCCUCCACCUACUACCAUCAAUCAACCUUCCCCAGCUCGGCCCCCAGCUAUGGCGCCCUGGCAGGGGCCUACUGCGGGCCUCAGGGCGCUCUGGCAGGGCCACAGUACCCCCAGCAGCUCGGCGGGGGUCUGGAUGCGGCGAGCUACUUGGGGCUUCAACACGGGGGAGGUUACGGGGAGCUGCCGGUGUCUCAGGACCGAGAGAGGGGGGAUGAGGAGGGCCAGCAGGCCGGGCAGGGACAGACCUUCGACUGGAUGAAGGUGAAGAGGAACCCGCCGAAGACAGUGAAAGUGUCGGACUUUGGCCCGGCGGGCGCCCACAACAGCGCCAUGCGCACCAACUUCAGCACGCGGCAGCUGACGGAGCUGGAGAAGGAGUUCCACUUCAGCAAGUACCUGACGCGGGCGCGGCGCGUGGAGAUCGCCGCCACGCUGGAGCUCAACGAGACGCAGGUGAAGAUCUGGUUCCAGAACAGGCGCAUGAAGCAGAAGAAGCGAGAGCGGGAGGGCGCGUCCACCGCGGCUCGCUCCUCCUCCUCCUCGUCGUCCUCCUCCUCCGGUGCCGGCGGGGGCUUCGGCAAGGACCUGGAGGACACCGACCACUCCUCCGCGUCUGCGUCUCCGGGCGCGUCGUCGAGCUCAGAGACGUAGUCAGACGGUGCCUGGUUCUGCAGAGCCACCCACUGUUUCAUACAUUCGGACCUACUCUCAAAGUAG